GGAGGCUUGUGUUAUUAGCAGCGGUUAAUGUCUGAGUUUAUAUCAACAAAACAUCACAAUCAACGUCUGAACCAUGAACAAACGAAAACUGAGUUUCAAGUGGUUCGGGAGCCUCACCAACCUCUCCACCCGCCGCUCCCCAGAGAAGGCCAACAUCAAGGAAGCCCCGGAGCAUGAUGGGAGCCUCAUUGGAGCCAAACCAGAAGCGGUGGGGAACCAGUCGGUGGAUGACAUGGAGUCCUGCCUCCACAGCCCCAGCUACGCCCGCUCCACCGACAUGUACACACAUGUGGGCACUGUGCCCCGCAGCGAGAGGCAGAAGAAGAGCUGCAGGGGGCAGAAGGAGAAGAAGAAGAACAAGAAGAAAGAGGAAGAGGAGGAGGAGGAUGGGGGGGUGAGUGGAGGGCAGAGCCAGCAGAAGGCGGGGGAACAUGUCCGAGACUCCCCCCUGCUCAGUGCCCUGUCCAGCCUCAGUCUGCCCAGUCUAGACCUGCCCCAGCCUCUUUCUGCAGCGGCCCGGCCGCUCCCCACCACUCCGUCACCCACCCGGGCUUCACCUUUGACCUCUGCAUCUGAAAGCUGCGUCACUGUUUCUUCAGGAGACCCCAUUAAGAGCCAAGAGGCCCUGUCGAGGAGCAAGGAUGCUUUAGAAACUGGUAGACCUGCGGAAAACCCCUCAAACAUGGCGACUAAGGGUCUCAAAGUGGUUUCAUCACAGGAUGUAUACGUGCCGAUGGACCCGAUUACCGAAUCAUCUCUCAACCAAGUGGACGAGCAGAAAGAGACACAGGAAACCGCAAACGCUGUGAACGUCUCACAGAAAGUGGCGAAUGAUUGCAACCGCCAUGACUUGACAGACAGCAGCGGAGAGUAUGUGAAGUUCUCCAAAGAGAAGUUCUGGUUGGAGCCGCCGUCGGAGCAGCAGAGGAAGCAGCUGGAAGAGGAGCUGAAGCUGAGCGGCACCAACCUGAAGAGCCACGCCUGGUACCACGGACAAAUCCCCUGGGAGGUGUCAGAGAGCCUGGUGUUGAACCACGGCGACUUCCUCAUCAGAGACUCUCAGUCCAGUCCGGGCGACUUCGUCCUCACGGCCCACUGGGAGCAGAAGACGCUCCACUUCCUCAUCAGGAAGACGGCGGUCCAGUCCGGCGAGACGUUCACCCGGGUCCAGUACAGCCUGGAGGGCGAGGCCUUCGACUCCAUCCCGGCCCUCGUUCACUUCUACGUGGGCGGUCGGGCGACUCUGAGUCGGUGGAGCGGAGCUCAGAUUCACCAGCCGGUGAACAGGACGCUGCCGCUCACCUACCUGGAGACGGCCUUCUGCACCGCCGUCGGCCCGCCGCCCUGCCCCCGAGGCCUGAGGAGCGGAGAGGAGAGGGUCUGUCCGAGGAGUCCUUCCUCUCUCCACCACCAGGAGGCAGACGUGAGCAGAGGACAGGACGAGCAGGCGCUGCUGACUGCUGGAGAAGCAUCGCUCUCGACCCCAUACAGCAACAACACCCCACAGUCCAGAAGCCCUUGCAGUAGCGGGGCAGCCAGCGUGGCUCCAUCGCCGUCCUUCCCCAGGCGCUCGGAUACCGCCCCGCCCCCGACCUCCCCGAACAGCACCCUUCACAGAGAGCGUGACGACAGACCCCAGCCUCAUCCGAACCAGGACUCCCCUUUCUCGGACACCGAUGGGAGCUGCUACACGGAGCUGUACCCCGGCCCUCAGAGCUACGUGGAGAGGCUGCGGGCGGAGGAGGGGUCGGCGGGCCUCGACCCGCUGAGGGUGGAGGACGGGAACGCGAACUUCUCGCCGGUGGUGGAGACGGUUUCUUCUUUCAAACCGAGCGGGUACCAGUCGCCGCUGAUGCCCAAGGAGAAUAAACCUCUGGAGGUCGGCGUUCUGCGGAGGGUGAAGGAGCUGCUGGCCGAGAUCGACCCCAGGACGGCGGCCAAACACAUCACCAAGGCUGACUGCAAGAUGGCCAGAAUUCUGGAGGUGACGCCGGAGAUGCAAAGGAUGAUGGGAGUCGGCUCUGGGAUGGAGCUGCUCACGCUGCCACACGGCCAACAGCUGAGACUGGACCUGCUGGAGAGGUUCCAGACCAUGGCGAUCAUGCUGGCCGUGGACGUGUUGGGCUGCACGGGGACGAACGAGGAACGAGCCGGUCUGCUUCAUAAAAUCAUCCAGAUCGCUGCCGAGCUCAAGAGCACCAUGGGCAACAUGUUCGGCUUCGCUGCCGUCAUGAGAGCCUUAGAGCUGCCGCAGGUGUCCCGUCUGGAGCAGACGUGGAUGGCGUUACGGCAGCGGCACACAGAGGGCGCUAUUCUCUACGAGAAGAGUCUGAGGCCGUUCAUGAAGAGCCUGAAUGACGGGAGAGAAAGCUGUCCGCUGUCCAACACCACCUUCCCCCACGUCCUGCCCCUCCUGUCUCUGCUGGAGAAGAGUGUGGCGGUGGGUGAGGGGACGGAGCCCUGGGAGACGGUGGAAGUCGGUGUGGACGUGGUCAUGUUCCACCUGGGAGCGGCGAGGACCAUCGCACAGCUGGGCGGCAUCUACCGGUCCAAUGCCGAGAGCAAACUACAGGGUUUCCAGGAACAGGCCGAGGUCCUUGAGCUCUUCCUGACCGACUUCCAGAUGAGGCUGCUGUGGGGGAGCAGGGGAGCCACGGAGAACCAGGCCCUGCGAUACGCCAAGUUUGACCAGGUGCUUACCGCCCUGUCCAACAAGCUGGAGCCGCCUGUCAGGUCGCACUGACCCAAGACCUGUUUAUAUUGACUGUUUACGCUGGACGAGUGCCCGGUCGUGUUCUCGGUCCUACAUGGGACGGUCUGUUGGACACUGAUCAGCUCCCACUAGCAGCUGGGAUGAUGCCUUGCUCAAGAGCGGCUGGAGGGAAGGCUCCGAACAGGGAGGCUAAAGCAGACUCAAGACAGUACGUCACCUUUGUCAGUCAAGAUUUGCCCAAAUGUAAGAGACAGAUACUUGAAACAUUUCACCUGCUUCUCUGGAGCUUGUUGGGAUUCAGACUCCUGAACAGAAGCACUUCAGCAGGAUGAAGUCGGCUUACGGUUAAAUUCUCGUAGCAGGAUUGUUUCAGCGCCUUUGAAACUGAGCCUCAACUGAUCUGACUCAAGGAAGAGCGAAGCUUAAAUUUUACAACUCCCUGUCAAAGUCCGAGCUGUCGAAUAAGUGGAAUCAGGAGUUUCUGGAGGAACCGUCCUCAUCACUCUCUCAUUUACCACAAAAUACAUUCUGAACUUUAAUGUUUCAUCCACUUGUGCCAGCAUCCUUUAUUUAAUAUGUUUAGGUGUGUUGCCGGAGGACUUUAUCUAUAAUGUGAGCAUGAGAUAUCAGCGGUACUGGGCCGGGGGUCGUUGUGGUUCGAUGCUUCUGUUCUGCAGAAAAAAACGAGGAAGAUCUGCUCUCAUGAAAUUGUUACUGAGAUGAGGUGGAGCCUCAGCCUGUGAGUUUAAUGUAUAGAAAUGUUUUUAUGUCUGCCUGAAGGCUGGACCUUCCCUAAAUCAACAAGUGCACCAACUGUAUGUCAUAUUGUACAACCCAAUAACAGAAUAACAUUAUAUCUACAACUUAGAUUUCUAUAAUGACAUGUUUUGUAUUAUGUUUAUUGUAAUGUGUUAAUCAUUAGGAUUUUCUAAAUGGAAGAGAAUAUUUAAUGUAAUCUGGGAUGACUGGUUACUUGUUUCCAUUAUCACACACUCUGUAUCUCUUAUUGUGAAAUGAAAGGAAGUGAGUGAACUGACCCAGACCACACAAGCACAGCACACAGGUACACAACAUUUCUAUUACCGUACGUAGUAUUAAUGUCUAAUAUUUAUCUGAAAUGUGAAAUGUAAAUAAAGGUGUGUACCUCA